AUGAACUAUCAAGACCAUAUUAGCUAUCAUCAUUUCAAACAAUUAUUAAGGUACUUUGUUCAAAAUUCACAAAUUAAAACUCAUCAGAACUCAAUGCCACCGCCUCCUACAAAACCUAAUACAUCACAUGAUCAAAAGCCAAAAUUGACAUUUAAAAAUGUACUACAAGAUAUUUAUGAAGCAAUAUUAGGUUUAAUUUCAAGUCCAGAAGUUUCAAGAUUUACUUAUCCUAUAAUUACAUGUUUAUCAUCAAUAAUAACUAAAUUAGUAAUUGGAAAUAUAAAAUAUACAGAAAUAGACUAUACAACAUAUUUACAACAAAUUGAUAAAAUAAAUCAAGGUGAAAUAAAUUAUUCUAAAAUAUAUGGAGAUUCAGGUCCAAUAGUUUAUCCAGCUGGAUUUGUUAUAAUUUAUCAACAUUUACAAUGGUUAUGUGGAGAUUCAUUAGUUGAAGCUCAAAAAAUAUUUGGAUAUAUUUUUACUACAACUAUUUUAUUUGUUUCUUUUAUUUAUUCACAAAUUUGGGAUAUUCAACCUUGGACAAUUUGGUUAUUAUUAGGUAGUAAAAGGUUAGUUUCAAUCUAUGUAUUAAGACUAUUUAAUGAUGUUUUUACUACGUUGGCAAUUUUGGGUGUUGUUAUACUAUUACAACAAGCAGCUGUCUUAAAAGAAGUUCAAGUAAAAAAAGUUAGGAAUGUUAAAACCGGAAAAAUAAGAGACAAGGUAUUAGGAUCAUCAUGGUAUGAUUUAAGUUUUUUAUUGAGUUUUAUUGCUUGUGACUUAUAUAGUCUUGCAUUAUCCAUUAAAAUGAAUGCUUUAUUAUAUUUACCUGCAUUAGUGAUAAUAAUUUAUUUUUUGAAUGAUGAAAACUUAUACAAAUUUAUAAUUUUAUUGACUGUAAUACCGUUGGUGCAAAUCAUGAUUGGUUGGAAGUUUUUGGUUUUAAUGUUCAAUACCGAAGAAGCUCGUGAAAUAAGAUGGAACUAUUUAAAACAAAGUUUCAAUUUUUCAAGAUCAUUUUUAUAUAAAUGGACAGUCAAUUGGAAAUUUAUACCUGAAAAUAUCUUCUUAUCAUCAGAUUUUUCCAGUGCAUUACUUGUACUUCAUUCAUCAGUAUUACUAUUUUUCAUAUUCACUAGAUUCUUAAACCACAAAAUCAUAGGUAAGUCCAUUUUACAAACAAUCAAAGACUUUUUCAAACUCAAAUCAACCAUUUCAGAAAACAACAUCUUUUUAAAUAAAUUAAUAGCACCACAAAUUAUUUUUUACAUAAUAUCACUCACUAACUUAAUAGGUGUCUUAUUUUCAAGAUCAUUACAUUAUCAAUUUUUGAGUUGGUACGCAUGGUCAUUACCUGCUUUAUUACAAUUAAAUUUUAAAUGGUAUAUAGGAGUACCAUUAUGGUUUUUACAUGAAUGGUGUUGGAAUGUAUUUCCUGCUACUUCAGUUAGUUCUGCUAUCUUAAUUAGCGAAUUAUCUAUAAUCUUGGCAUUAAGUUGGUAUAACUUUGAUUCUUGGUUUCCUUCACCAACGACGUUAAAGGAAUAUACGAAUGUUCAACUCAUCUUCCUAGAUUUUCAUACCCCAGACACUGGGUCUGAAUUGAAAAGCAUUCACAUGACGAAAAGUAUACUUUAUUCCGUAUCAGCAGUAUUUAGAGUACCAAAAAAUUUGGCUAUUCAGCACAAUUUUCUAAUUAAUUUACAACAAACCAUUAGAGCUUUGAAGACACCUCUUUGA